GCAGUCUAACCGCGAUAAUAUGGUUGAGCGUCCAUUGUGUGAGGUAUUUUGUUUUAUCUAGUUAUUUAGUCACUUUAUGAUUUUUAUGCUGGUAAAUGGAUACUUAUACACAACUUUUGGCCAGUAUCAAAUGGUAUUUUGAUGAUGGUUCAUAUGUUAUGUUAUGUGUUAUGUUAUAUGUUAUGUUAUAUGUUAUUCAUAGAUGCGAUGAAACUUUCAUUCUUUUAAUGAAGACGUACUCAACAUUCGUGUGUCCGAAACUUAUACAGAUGAAAUAUAUGUUCAUUUCUUGAGGCAAAUGAAACUCGUAGAUUCAGAUUCAUAUAGCUUGGUGUUUCAGUCUGGACGUACAUCUCUAUCUUCAAGAGAAGAUUCUAAACCCUUGAACCUAGUCUUUUAUCUGAGCUACAGUCCACAUACAACCGGCAGUUUUCACGAAAGAAUGCAGAGUCUUUGCUGACGAUUCGCUUGCAUCAAUACAACCUGCAUUACAUUUCACAUCUGGUUGUUUGAAUCCCUUCUAACAAAGGAUAUUUUCCUUGGAAGUUAUAAACCACUACUUGAUUUCGAUGAUGGGAAACAGCAUGCUUAAAAAUAAUAAAAACUUCAGGGAGGACAACAACUGAUGAACUGUUGCUGUUGUUUUCAAAGUCAGAAUAUAAAUUCUGAGGCUCCUGUAAAUGGAAUAGAUGAAAACGUUGAAGAUGGUGAUAUACUGCAAGAGAUUGGAAAUGCUCAAUAUACACUUGAUUUUCUUCGUCAAGUUGUUCAACAAUCAACCAUAACUCAUGAUGAAUCACCGCCACCAUAUGAGGAUUUCAAUAAGUAUCCAAAAUUAAGUAAAUCAGGAAGUAUAACAAACUCCUGUCCAAUUAAAGCAUGUACGCAACAACCUCAGCAGUGUCCUCAUGUUGAUUUCGAAAACUUUGUCAACUCUUCAGCACCACUUGACACUCAUGGAGUGACAUGGGUAGAACCAUACCCUAAACCUCAUGGAGAACCACCUCCCACCAUAUUCAACUGGCUUCGUAGUCGAUUUGGUUCUUUCCGUCAAAGUAUUGUGAGUCGUUUGUCAACAAGAAGUAGUCACUUGAUGCAUUCUUCACCAUCCAGUUCACAUAUUCAUACUGUUACACCUAACUUCGUAGCCUCUACAGAUGUUAAUAAUACUCCAAGAAUCGAUCAAUCAGAGCCCUCACAGUCUAUGUCCACUACAGUGUCAUCAGCCAUAUCGGCACACAUGCUUUCAACACCAAAUGUUUCAGAUGACAUAAGUACAUCAUCAUCUUCAAUAUCGACUGUGUCAUCAGUAACUCACAUAAAUGAUCAUCAAAAAGUUAUCGAGUCGUCUACUUGUAUACCAAACACUUAUAAUUUUGAAACAUCACAUUCCAAUGAUAAUAGUAUACCAUGCAGGAUUUUAAUAGUUCAUCGUUUGAACACUGAACAGUCGAACUUGCAUCAAACGAAUUCUCAAGGUGAUAGUGGUAACUCCCUAGAUGAGGAGGUAGAUCACUCCAUGACCCAAUCUUGUACAGAUUCCUAUAGGCUGCAAAACUUCAUUGUACUAAAGCAGGAUAACGAAGAAGAAUAAUCACCAAAUAUUACGUAACACACACAUGCAAAAUAUACUCAUAUUUGUUUAUGUAAAUCAGACAGAUAUAACGUGAAUAAUUUACGAUAUAGUAAUGUAAAUAAUAAUAAAUAGGUGAUUGUACACCAGUUUAACUCUAAAACGUAAAUUUAAUAAACUAUUGUAUUACUAGGCCAUUAUUGGACUCUUCAACCCUCUCUCUUACUUUACCAGAUUAUCUGCAUGUAUAUACUUGUAUAACUUGAAACUUAACCGCAGAUUUGAACUCAAUGUUAAACAUAUACAUAUGCACAAAUAACUUUGUUUAUUUUUGUACAAAGCACUAUUUCGUAAUUAACAGGAGAUUAAGUUUUUGAUACUUUUGAAACAUUCUUCUGUUAUUUGGUUAUAGUAUACAUAACUAAUAAAAGUUUCUGGCCAUACCAGUAAAAUACUCUUAUUUACACAUUUAUACACAAUCUAUCGCAUUUAUUAAUCAACCUUUUUAUUACUUUGCAUAUAUUAUGCACUGCACCGUCAAACAACUUCAUUUUCAUUUAAGAUUGUUUGGGGGGGAAAGGUAGUUCAUAUUGGCAUUUCUUUAAAACACUCUCCCACA